ACACCACCCUACACACUUCUACAUCACAUACUUGACUAGCAGGAAGCCACACUGGUUUGCUGCUCCGCGUGACUUGUCACUUGUUGCAGAUGUCAACCAGGGGUAGCGCGCGCCGAGUAGCCGAAUAGUCCCCGGUCUCGCGGGGAGACAUGUUUGGAUAAGAUGAGUAGUAAGUAUUUUGGUAUGCCGGAGUUCUAGUUUGAUACGCCCUUUACGGAAAUCCGUGACUACGGAAAAACAGCGGAAUGGCCAGAUCUCGACAGUUUACAUUUCUGAAGCCUCAAUAGUAACCAAACCUGGUAGAGGGGAUGUUUUAGCUUGUUGACAAAGCCGUUGUAAGUUGUAAGGUGCGGUCUCUGAGUUGAGGUCAUGGCUUCCCUUGAGGAGCUGCCCCUGUUGCCGGUGUUUGACGGCGUGAAGCUAGCAGCCCUGGCCACCGUCCUCUAUGUCAUCGUACGGAGUCUUCACCUGAAGAGCUCCCCCGCUCCCCCCCAUGUCACCUAUCAGGACACGCCUCUGAAUAGAUUCCUGUUCAAGUCCUGCCAAAUACUGACCCAGGAAUACAUCCCUCCAUUGCUUUGGGGUAAAAGCGGCCACAUCCAGACAGUCCUGUACGGUAAGAUGGGCCGCGUCGCCACCCCCAAGCCGUGCGGGGUCCGCACCUUCCUGCCUAUGGAGGACGGGGCCACCAUGACCUUUGACAUUUUUGAAGCGCUUGGAGACCACAGUACGCAAGAUGACAUCACCAUGGUUAUCUGCCCUGGGAUCGGUAACCAUAGCGAGAAGCAAUACAUUCGAACCUUUGUGGACCACUCCCAGAGGAAAGGCUACAGGUGUGCUGUCCUCAACCAUCUGGGAGCCCUACCCGACAUAGAGCUCACCUCCCCGCGCAUGUUCACCUAUGGUUGUACCUGGGAGUUUGCAGCCAUGGUGAGCCACAUCAAGCGGGAGUUCCCCCAGACACUCAUGGCCGUGGUAGGCUUCAGCCUUGGGGGGAACAUUGUGUGCAAGUUCCUGGGGGAGAGACACUCCAACCAGGAGAGAGUGCUCUGCUGUGUGAGUGUGUGCCAGGGAUACAGUGUUCUAAGGGCCCAGGAGACCUUCCUCCAGUGGGACCAGGGCAGGAGACUCUAUAACUUCCUGUUAGCGAGCAAGAUGAAGAAGAUCAUCCUCGCUCACAGGGACACUUUGUUUGGCACCAAGUCCAGCAGACUGGAUGAUGCAGAUCUGAACAGACUGCGGGCAGCCACCUCAUUAAUGCAAAUUGAUGACACCAUUAUGAGGAAAUUCCACGAUUACCACUCGUUGAAAGAGUACUAUGAGACGGAAAGCUGUGUUCAGUACAUGCACAAUAUCUCAGUCCCUCUCCUCCUGGUCAACGCAGUAGAUGACCCUUUAGUUCACCCGUCACUGCUGGCCAUCCCACGCACACUCGCAGACAAAAAAGCCAACGUGCUGUUUGUGCUGACUCAGCACGGGGGUCACCUCGGCUUCUUCGAGGGGGCCGUGCUGUUGCCCAAGCCCCUCACCUGGAUAGACAAGCUGAUCGUCAGCUACACCGACACCCUGUGCCAGUGGGGACGGCAGCCAGCCCACACCCCCCAGGAUGGACACAGGCUACGCAGCGCCCAGUGACGCCGGCACGGGGCCCAGACACGCCUUCACCCGGUGACGAGGGCCAGGAGAACUAAACACACGCCUUCCAUUGUAUGCGUACCGCCACCGGUAUAUACAUGCACACAAAGAAACGCACACACUACCCCUCUCCAAAGCAUUCUUACACACCCACAAAUGAAGACACAACGCCUCUAUUGCUUUUAUUUUCAUCUACCUCCUUCGCUCGAGCCUGCUUGCAAAAUGCAAAAAGUAUAGUUAUCAUGAGCUUACUACAAACUCAUGUGGAGCUAUUGUAUAAUGUGUGAGACGGGCAGCCUAUAGUUUCAAAAUGUAGGCUUUUGAUAAGAAGCCUUUAUCUGCACUGUACUACCUCCCUAAUGGCUUAACUGCUACGUUAUUGAGAUGAUUAUUACAUGCCAGUAUAUUCUCAGUCUAUUUGUGUGACUGGUAAUCCGUUCACUUUGAAGGACCUUUUGCUUAAUAAAACAAAUUGUAUGUACA